UACCCUGAACACCCCGAUACAUCGCUGCAGCAUGCCCGGAGUACCGGAAGGCUUCCAAGUGUUCAUCAAACGCGAUGAUCUUACUGGCACAGAACUAUCUGGAAACAAGGUCCGCAUGCUACAGAUUCUGUUCGCCGAGGCCCUGAAGCAAGGAGCUCGUCACGUAGUUACUGGGGGCGGUCCGCAGUCGGGUCACUGCCGGGCAGUCGCUCUCACGUGCCGCCAGCUUGGGCUGACGCCCCACGUUGUUGUGUACGGGGUUUCGAAGAAAGCAGAACUCGGUGCUAAAGGCAACACCCUGCUGUAUCGGAUGGCGGGAAGUGAAUUGUACCUGUCACCUCCGUGCUCGUACGGGGCGUUCAAACAGAGAGUGUGCAGCAUGGCAGGGUAUAUCAGCGCCAAGUACCAGGAGCCGUGUUACUGUAUCCCGGUGGGGGGAGCCACGGCCUCGGGAAUGUUCGCGUUCAUCUCGCUCUUCCAGGAGCUCAUUGACCAGGGGCUUUAUGAGAACUUUGAUGACAUUGUCGUGACUAUAGCGACCGGCGGCACAGCAGCCGGCAUUGCGAUCGGUAAUUAUCUGACCGGAUCCAAACUGAGAAUCCACGCAGUUUCUAUCUUUCUGAGUAAGGAGAAACUGACACCGUAUGUCGACCGGAUGUUGUCGGACAUAGGGCUCUCCGUGGGAACUGACGAUAUCAUGGACAUCGUGGAGGGCUACAUCGGAGAGGGAUACGGGACCGCUUCGGACGAGCUUCUAGAGACUAUCACUAACGUUAGCGCUAGCACAGGCAUACUUCUAGAUCCCUGUUACACUGGAAAAUGCGCGCAGGGGUUGCUCGAGGAGCUCAAGAAAAAUCCGACACGAUUUCAAGGGAAAAGAAUCCUAUUCAUACACACCGGCGGUAUAUUCGGGUUGUUCAACGGUGAGAUGGACCGCGUGGUGAACCUUCCGGGUAACCAUGCCAACAACAUCAAUGAGUGGCCAGAGAGAGACAUUCCUCUAGAUCAAUGAAAUAAAUGUUACACUGAUCGACUUAAUAUUAAGUACCGUUUUAAACAGACAAACAUAUACAUUUGUAUUCAUCAUCUUCUGUAACCAUGGGAACAAUAUCAUUGUGUGGUAACGUGCCAGCGCAGGUCACAUUCCGUGAGUUCUAUUAAAGUCUGGAGGUUGCAGCUAUAUAAUCCUAUUUUAAAGCAUUUAAAUCUGACAAAGAUAAGUUUGCCUUAUCUCCGGUAACCACAACACCAACAUCAUUAAGGAGAGGCUUGAAGAGGACAUUCCUGUACCCGCUAUGAAUUCACUGAGAUCGAGAGACGAAUAUUGCAAAAGAACGCCUUCAUGUCGCGUUUUGUUUAUAAAAUUAUGGUAGCGAAUGUAUCAAGUGCAUGCAGUUGGUUUAAA